UUUGCGCAAAACGUCACGAUUACAAAGAUGGCGGCCAGUCAACAUACUUCAUGACAGGAAACAAAACGUAGCGAACUUUUUGCAUUUAUACUGGGAGGAAAAGUUCUUUUUCGACCAUAAGAAUGGAAUUGAAAAAUGCGGAUUCGUUGAGCGACGCCGACUUUUCGCUUUUGCUGGAGGACAGAACUUUUGUAGACUAUUUCAACGUCUUCAACAGUCUGCCGAUAUUCGGACAACAUGUGUUAUAUAACUACAUAGAGAAGGAGUUUGAGUACGAACCUCCAAUCAGGAAUCGAAAUCGAUUUACCAACAAACGAGAAGUAUUAAAAUGGCUGAUCCAGGAACGUUACCGUCUGUUCGAACAAACCAGUCUGUUUUUGGAAUUCCGCCUCAACACCAAACUCCGAGACAUCGACUUCAAUCCAGAAACAUCCAAACUCAGGGACGCCAUCGGGGAAGAGGUGAUGGCGAGGUACAUUUUCGGGAGGAACGUCGUCGGCAGCUGUAUGGGGAUGCAAAUAUUCCGUGAGUUCUUACGUAACACCAUGGGAGAGAAAAUAUACAAGUGCUGGAUGGACAUUGAGAAGUGGCAACAUAUCCCGGAGAAUGAUGAGCGGAAAGAACACAUGAAACAUUACAUAAAACGGAACUAUAUCGGGGAAGGUGGAACAGACGACCUCAUGUCGCAGGCCAAAUACAUCGUCUACCAGGGCAAAAUCAACUUCACACUGAUGUCAGACAAAGACGUAUUUGAUGACAUCAUUCAUCUUGCACUAGAAGGCGGGAAAGCGUACAACGCAGACACGGAUGUGGCCUUCCAACAGCUACAUAAACUGCUGCUGGCGGCCCUGCGGCGGUACUGGGUACCUCGUUUUCUCAUACAUGUCAUAAAAGUAACUUCUAAGGAUAUACUUGUACUCCUUAAACGGGAAUCUCCGGGAGAUAUCGGACUGUUAACGUUAUCCAGGAGACAGCGUCACCGCAUAACGAUUCGCCAGAUCUAUUCUACAAAUACCAGUUGCGCGUCCACCCCGGCACCUACUCCACAUGAUCGCAGCAACCCCACGACACCUCGACCCAAGUCUAUCGCAGAAUCGGAAACUUUCUUACCAGCCUCCGAAACUUUGGGGUUGAAUGACGGCAAGAUAGGAGAUGAGGCAGAUGCAACAAAAGAGGAAGACAAUGAAAAGAAGGAUUUGAAGGAAAAUGAGGUGUCCGAGGAGGAGGAGGAGGAGGUAGAGGACGAGUUUGAAGAAGAGAGUAACAUACAGCCCGAUGAUUUACUUUCGCUAUGGGGAGGAAAGACAUGUGGCACUGCUGAAAAGUACCCGCCUGAGAAUCAGUCGUCGUCAUCAUCGGUGGUUCAUGAGGAUAAAGGGAGCAACUCCUCAGACACCAACGGUCUCAAAGAAUUGGAGAGUUGGCAGCAGUCGGUCGAGUCCAACUACUCGUUCAGCGGCACAGACAGGAUAGUGAACCACCCGAUAUUCAUCACUUCUUAUCUCAGCGGGCGCAGUCGCAUGCAUACCGGAAGUUCUCCAAAUAUCAGCAACCGGAUGUUAUGCGCUCUUGCGUCUGAUCAUCUCUCCGGUGCUCCCUUCAGGGCGUUUCUGAAGAAAAAGGGACUUGAACUCGAUAUGAGGUACCUGAGUUUUUGGUCCGAUGUUAGGCAUUAUUUGGACACUGAAGACGGGAACACCGACUGUUAUGGGACGCCAUUGAAACAGAGUCUAGCCAAGACCAUCACGGAACGGUAUCUGUCCAGCAGCUCCAGUGACACAGAGAUCUUCUCGGAGGGGCUUAAGAUGACAUUAUUCGCCAGUCUAACACAAAAACACGACGUCUCCCUGCUCUGUUCCGCACAGGACAUUGUGUCGGGGAUGCUGAAGGAACCGUGGGGAAUGUACAUGAAGGAAGAACGGAAAGCUUUCCGGAAGCGGGUGUGCGGGAAGAAGCGUACUCGGCACGUCGUGGAAGUACCCUCCAACAGCAUGGGACCCCCAUGUCAGGAUGGUAACGACCCUAUUUUCUUCUUUAACUCGGCGAAAUCACCGGGCAACGCAGGUUCCCGACCAUAUAGUGGAGAUGCGGAAGACAGCGAUGAUUCACGACCCUCGAGCACCACAACUAACAUGGACCACGUGUGUCUGUCGGAGGAGCAGGUGUGGAAAGCCUUCGAAAUCACAGUUCUCUGUAACGAGUAUGGACGGAGUGGCAUGGUCCCGCAGACAGAGCCCCGAAUUCACGAUCUUGUGGAUGUUCUCUACAGUGACUACGGCAGUCUUAACAUUCGACAGGAGGCCACCGUGAGACAAGAGGCACUCCGGGAGCUAGUGUUUCCGCCAAAGAUCGACAUUGAGAACGUGAGAGUGUCCCGUAAAGUCCUGUUGGACGAUGCCAAGUAUAGCAAGGAAAACGAAGACAAUCCUCGGUACAACCGACUGGUCCUCAGGAGGAACGGCAUCCUCAUAGAAAGGCCUGUACGUCCAAAGACCUUCAUGGAAGUUCUCAACCAUCCUGUUCACUUCGACUUCUUCAAGCGUUACAUGAUGUCCAACAAGAUGGCGCACACUCUUCAGUUCUGGUCUGCCGUCGAGGAACUCAAGGAUACGCAGGGUGCACGUGGGCGCCAAAACAUGGUUUUACAGAUAUUCAAACGCUUCUUCAGCAGAGGUGCCAAACAAGGUUACCUGCUUGACUGCAGCGAUGACAUCAUCAGACAGAUCCCUACAAUGGAAAAGGUACCCGCGAGUGUUAUGAUCUGCGCUCAAUCAUGUGUCUUCCGGUCCAUGGAGCGGAAAUGGUACCCUCGUUACCUGGAGACCUUCCCUACUGACGCUGAGUAUCGGGAGUCUAUGCACGAGAGUUACCCGCCGAAUAGCACAAUGCAACAAUUGAAGGAAUUGGAACAACAAAAGACGGGAAAACCUAGACGCAUGCGUAGGAAGAAGACGAUUAACUUAUGGCAUGGCUUCUCAAACGCCAUAUUAGAUUUCCUGAGAGCUAUGAGGGAUCCAACGGAGGUUCGAUUGUUCGAGAUCUUUUUGAAGUAUGAAACUGAUCGUGACCACGAUGGACCUUCCAACGCUUUUGAGAAGUCCCUCAUGACGUCCAGCACUAUGGAUAUCCAGACCAGGGUCGUAAUGCGGAACCGACUUGUCCUCCUUAAUAAACUUGGUAAUGACCUCCUCUUCUGGAUAGAAGUAGGAAAAUACCGGAAGCAGGUGGAAACACUGAAGACCUUGGAAAAUUUCUCCAAGAGCGAAUCGGACCUUUUGGUUGCCAAGGCUAAGGCCAUUAUAGACAGCUUCAUCGUGUCGGAAAUCUUACCGCGUGUACAGAUAAAUAUUCCAAAUGAGCUUGGUCACAGUAUUGCGCAUAGCCUGAAUUCCUCCGGGCCUGUUCGAGGGCUGUUCCAUGAUGCGACCAUCCUCCUCUUUCCUAUACUGUACUAUUUUUGGAAAAGAUUUCACGAGUCUUGGCUGGCCAAUGCCAACCCGGAGGAUGUGCUGCCGAAGUUGGAGGCACAGAUAAGGCCCAAACGUGUGUUGACACCACACAAAGACAAGGAACUACCAAACCUCUUCAAUAUACGUUACUCUACGGUGGAUGUCACACAACAAAAUGUAUACGGACCCGACGACGAACGCGUCAAAAUCACCUUCUCCAUGGUAAACGGUGUGAAGCUAGUGUAUCCUCUCAUUCGGGGUCAGAAGACGGGCUUAGACAAACACAGUACUACAAACAUGUCGAAACGUGUUGUCAAGCAAAGUCACUUGAGCGUCUCCAACAUGAAGAAGAAUACUGGUGAAAGUAAGACGAAACUGCAAAAACAAAGUCUCGCUGACGCUAGAGAGACUUCCCCGAAGACACAACGAACGGCGUUUAAAAUCCCGGUUAAGAUUCUGACUCCACAGCAGGAAAGGGCCAAGAAAUUAAGUCUUCUCGUGGAAGAACUUAACAAACAUUCAAGCGGCAAAUCGAAGAAGACAGCCAAGCCCCUCAGCUCCUUUACAGCAGUGGUCAGCGCGGCCUUGUCCCUUAGAAACAAAGAAAACCCAUUCGCAGAAAUUGAUGAGUAGCGACGUCAUCAUUUAGAUCAAAGUGGUGCACUCAGUGCAUUGCAGAGUCGAGUCAGAGCCAAGAAGAUGAGUGCUGAGUCCACUAGUGUUUUUGGAUAAGAACAUGUUCGGCGCAUCAUACAAACUUGCCACAUUAUGCACUUGGUGUUGUUUCCGGUGGUAUAUGUUACAUGCGGAACCUGAUAGCAUGCCAAUCACAAUAUAUCUCAGGCCUAAUAUCAACUUUUAAAAAAACGUGGAUAUGCUGUCCUGAAUUACUUUCGUAACAAUAUUAAAAUAUUAUAU